AUGACCAUCAUCCCCAUCAUCCCCAUCACCCCCCAUUACAGCACCCCCACCCGCAGCCUCGCCAACCCCCAGCUCGAGAAGCCCUCCAUCCAAGACACCAUCCGCCACCUCGGCCUCACCCCGCACGUCGAAGGCGGGUAUUUCUCGGAAACCGAUCGGGAUGUUCGCCGCAUCCUCCGCAAGAACGACGGACAGUACGACCAUGCUGACACCUCCCCCUCGGCAGCGGACAAAUCGCUCCCCCACCGCUCCUUGAGUACCAAUAUCUUUUAUCUCCUCACUCCGAUGACUCCCCUCGGCGCGUUCCAUUCGAAUAGGAGUCGCACGAUACAUACACUGCAUCGCGGACGGGGGGUCUAUGUGGUUCUGAAGAGUGGGGGUGGGCGAGAGGUGCAGGUGGAGGUGGAGACCUUUGUCGUCGGGCAUGAUGUCGCCAGAGGGGAGAAGUUGCAGUGGAUCGUCGAGGGGGGCGAUUACAAGGCCACGUUUUUGAUCCCCGAUCGGGAUGGGAAGGGUGAGAGUGAGAGUAAGAGUGACGGUUUGUUGAUUAGUGAGACGGUCAUCCCCGGCUUCGAAUACGACGACCACGACUUCCUGAAGCGGGAGGACCUUCAGGCGAUGGUCGGUGCGAAAGAGUUUGAGCAGCUGCAGUGGCUGCUCCGGGAGAACUAUACGCAGGGCAGCGAUUUUCCCUGA